AUGGCGACUAUGACCAAAGCUGAGCUUCCUUUGUUGGUUUUGUUCCUAUCCACUCUUCUCCUUGCUACCUCUGUACCUUCUGCUCGUGCCCAGGUCACCUGCGAGGAAGGAUGCUAUUCGAUAUCUGAUCAGUCGAAAGUGGGGGAGUGCUUGCAAAUGUGUUCAUCCCAUGGCCAGUCAUGUGAAGAUCGUUGCAUGAGGGAAGCAAGGUGGCCGCAGCAGCAAGAACAGUGCCUGAUAAUGUGCCGGCAGCAGGAGCAGGGACAUCACUUGCCGUGCCGUGAGCAAUGCAUCCGGAGUCCAGACCGAGAGAUGUGCGAAAGAGCUUGCCAGCAGCAGCAAGGUCAAGGAGGAGGGCGCCAGUGCCUGCAACAAUGUAAGAUGAUAACCAGAGAUCCGAGGGAGCGGCUACAGUGUGUAAGGACGUGCAUGCAGGGGCAGCAGCAGCAGCAGCAAGUUGAGCAGCAGUGCCGGCAACAUUGCCAAUCGGAGCGCGACCCAAUGAGACAGCAAGAGUGUCAGGAAUACUGUGUUGGGCAAAUGAUGCAGCAGGAAUACGAGCAGCAGUGCCGGUCGCGUUGCCAAUGGGAGCGCCCCCGGAGGGAGCAGCAGGAGCAGUGCCAGGAAGAGUGUACUGAGAAAAUAAGGCAGCUAGAGCAAUGCCAGGAAGGGUGCAAGAUGCGGGGGAAAUAUGGUCCACAGCAACAGGAAUGUCAAAGGAUGUGUAGGGAGCAGUUUGAACAAGGACAAGGAAUUAGAAUGGUAGCCUGA